AUGUCGAUGUUCAGAUCCGCUGCAGACAGCAGUUCAUCUUCGGAUUCAGAAUCCACUCCGCGUGAUCUAGAACAUGAAGCUGCUGAAGUUACCACUCACUCCUCGGUCCAGAAAGCUCAGACCAAGGGCGCAACGACUCCGCCACUUUUGACCGGGGAGAAUCAGACUCGAGGCAAUAUAGAGGGCUCUGAUACAGGCAUGGAAGGACAUACCAACAUCAUGACUGCCGCACUGCUUGAAUUCUAUUGUUUCAGUCGGGCCGCCGAUAUUCUCAAUGCCCAGGAUCCUCACAAGCACUACACGCGCGAUUCUCCAGAAGCACAAGCAGUGGGAAAGAGAAUGUACGAGUACAAAUCUCACUUUUUGUCAUCCCGCGGCGUUCUGGCAACCGGUGUGCACAAAGAAGAGCUGGAUUCCACUAGGCAGUAUUACCGGGACAAUCUCGAUUUUCUAGGCAUCAGUGCCCUGGAGGAUCUGAACAUAGAGAACGGCCCAGGACAGUCCCAACCCAUGGGCUCUAAUAGAGCGCUUGUUUUAACUCCGAGAGCCUCAAACAUCAUGCAGGCCCCUCCAAGCGCAGAGUAUGCCAGCUUGCCAUCUCCAAAUCUCCUUGGCCCCCUUGGUCUCCCCGGCAAUGGCAGAGGUGCGGCGAAGAACUUUCGGCUUGACCUUAGUAGUCUGCCAGCUCGUCCAUCACCACUUUCCGGAAGCUCGCCUGUGAGUUUUCCUCUCUUCGACCAAAGCGCACAGACACCAACCGAGAACAUGUCACGCUACGCCAUGGAAUUUUCGGAAAUCAAAAUUCUCGGUCGUGGAUCUUUCGGGGAGGUUUAUCACGUGAAGAAUCAUAUCGAUGGACAGAGUUACGCCGUCAAGAAGAUUCCGAUCAGUAAGAAACGUCUUGAGCAGUUGCAGUGUGGGGGUGAAAACCAGCUUGAAACCAUUAUGAAGGAGAUCAGGACUCUCGCUCGACUCGAACAUAAGAAUGUAGUACGAUACUACGGUGCGUGGGUGGAAAAGGUUCGUCUAGCAAGCUAUCUGCCUCAAGAUCCACCAGAUUCAAUGCAACUCGAGGCCGAAGGUACCCAAACUGCGACCUUGAGCCACGAUUCUCAUGAUGAUCAGAGCUUUGGAAUUGUUUUUGAGCAUUCUGAACCGUCAGUCGGAGGCAUCAACUUUGAACCAUCAACAGAGCCAACCUCCCUUCCUUACAACCCAUCUGAGCGCAGGGACAGCCGUGCCAGCCAAGCGAGCUUUGCUACAUUGGAAUCGCGCCAUUCGAAGAAGAGUUCCGCGCACAGCUGGGGCGAGGGAGACGAGGAGAUCGAAUCUAUUCCUCGCGAUUUCACAGGCCCGUCACUGUCGACAUUCGGCGGUACUGACAAUGACAUCUUCACCGAUGGUUACAGCCACGAUGCAUCAAGACUGCAGGUGCAGCGGCGGCCUCGCGAUGAGUCUCAAAUCCCGGCUGUCGUUCUACACAUUCAAAUGUCACUUCACCCUCUAUCGCUCGGUUCAUAUUUGAGCCCAGAGCCUGGCAAGGCAGCACUGGAUCAUCAAGAAUUCCCACGACGCCAUUGUUUCCACCUUAUCCCUUCUCUUAAGAUGAUGCAACGUAUUAUCUCAGGUGUGGAUUAUCUUCAUUCCAAGGGCAUUGUCCACCGGGACUUGAAACCAGCCAACAUCUUCCUCUCCUUUCACGAAACCAAACGCUUGGAUGGAUGUCCUCCAUGCGGAUCCGCACAUCAAGCCCCUUCACGAUACUGUCACCCCCGCAUCGGUGACUUCGGUCUGGUAGCCGAGAUCUCACAUCUGAAUGAACAAUCUCCAACUACCCCCGUGGCAGCCCUUCAGGGCGGCGCGAAGGUGCACCGUGCUGUCGGAACCGAGUUCUAUCGCCCGCCCUUGGUGAGUAAUGCAGCCGGUAGCCCUACUGAUCCGGAAACCUCAACCAUGGCCUCGUUCUACAUCAUUGACGAGUCUCUCGACGUCUACGCUCUCGGAGUGAUUUUAUUCGAACUUCUGUAUUGCCUCAACACUAAAAUGGAGCGUCAGCUUGUCCUGUCCGAGUUGACCCGUGCUCCUCAAGGACAGACCUCCACUGGCCCUUCAUUCCCAGCUGAUUUCAACCAGAAAGUCGACAUGGGUGAUUUGGUUUUGGAAAACGGUAACACUGUUGCUGAUUCUUUGAUGGCUUGCAUUCGCGGCAUGCUGGAUCCUCUGCCUGCACAACGUUGGUCCUGUAUGGAUACCAAGAAGUAUCUACAGGCGAUCUUGGUCGUUGCGGAGAAGGCGUGUGCUGAAUCAUUUCCCCAUGCAAAUUAA